AUGCGUCUUACCAAUCACCGGAGUGGCGGGCUUUCAAGUCUUCAAUCAGCAUUUCAAGAACCCUAUCGAGGAGAGACGCACAAGCUGCUUAUCGAGACAUUGAACGAUCAUUGGCGGUCAGGCUGGUCAGGUCAGAGACCAUAUAAUUUGUCUCUAUCAGUCAUCCAGUCUUCGGGUAUGGGGAAAUCCAGAAUGGUCCACGAAGCCGCACUCUCCGUAUUUACGAUUCCAAUCAAUAUUCGUGAGGAGCUUGGCCCUGUUCUCGAAACCUAUCCUCCUCCGGACAAGGAGUUUAGCUAUUAUUUCCAAGGACACCUUAUAAAAAGCGAUCUUCGGCUGCAGGCAGAGUACGCAAUUAUAUUGGGCGUGCUAUUCACAAAGGCUGCCGAACUUCUUGAGAAAUCUUUUUUCACAUAUGAAACAGGAGCAGCGCUAGCAUCGGAAUGGGCUGAUUAUCUCAACGAAGGACAGACCGGUACCGAAGUUGGUACGAAUAGGAAGAAGUUCCUGGAUUCUGUGGUGGAUCGGGCAUGGCAGCUCCAAUUAGCGGAGCUAGGUGUCCCACAACAAAAUGAAGGAGUCCAAGAGAAACUUCGCCUCCUCAUACCCUGGAUGCAGUACUGGUGUCGCAGGUUCAUCAAGGCCAUCACUGGUAAUGAUGAGAGAGCAAGAGAUGUCAAAUGCAUUGUUUACUUUGAUGACGCUCACCAGCUUACCGAACCUGUCCCACCGCAAAAGAAGAACAAUGCAAGGAGUCACUCGCCCCAUGAUAACCUUGGCACAGUGCUAUCUAAGCUGAUAGAUUUCCCUGUUUCUUUCAUUUUUUUAUCUUCGAGUCCUCAUCUCCAGGAAUUCGCUCCCUUUCCCGACAGUCAUCCAUCGGUUCCCAUUGCUCGAGACCUCCCUCCUUUCACCGAGCUUCCGUUCGACAUUUUCGUGGGCAAAGUAUUUGAAAAUUUGGAAAGCCAAAAGAAAAAUCGCAGCCUUGAAAACGUGGGCCAAACGGGUGUCAUGGUGGGGUUCGGACGUGGCCUAUGGUAUGUCCACCACCAAAACUGGGUGGAGCGGAAAGGAUGGCCUGUUAUACCGUUCGCCAGAGUCAAACUGAUCGCGGAAGGGAACGAAGCGGAAGUAUCCCACUCUCUCAUUGCUGCUCUGGGGGUUCGCAUCGGGAUAGUUUUCGACAUUAUAGCUCAAGCCUCGAGGACUAUGGAAUCGAAACUCAUUGAGUCCCACAUGCGCGUUGUUUAUGCCAUCCCCGAGCACCGCGAGUUUCUUCAUGCCGGAUCGCCCUCUGAACCUAUACUGGCCGAGGCAGCAGCCAGGCAUCUGAACGACCCUUCGAAUGGCGGUGAAAUAGAAAUUCAAGGUCCAGAAAUUCUGGCUCAAGCUCGUGAGAAGGGACUUCUUUCCAAGGGAAAGCACGGGGAACUCUGCGGUCGACUUCUUGUGACCAUUGCACAUGAUAUCGCCGUCCGACAAAAAUACUCUUUGCCAGAUCUUUAUUCACCUGAUCCAUAUUUCCAUCGACCUGUCCAUGUCCUCGACUUUCUCAAGGCUCUAUUUGCGAAGCAAUUCGAACCCGUGAUAUUGGAUGCCCACUCAGUGACGGCCAAGGCGGAUGUCCCUGAUUUGAAAACAGCCUUUGCAAAUGCCUACAUCUUUUUUUCCCAUUUCGCUCUGGCCAAAAAUUCUGAAAUGCUCUCUGCUCGAAACUUGACGGUAGCUCUGCUGCGUGGCAUGGCUCUCCAAGCCAAAGAUAAUCAGGAGUCGAUCGAUGCCGUUAUCCCUGUUCACAUGGGUGACCCAACCAAGUCUAUCUCGCCGGAAUCGACAUCAGCGAUUAACUUGAAAUUCAAGAAUCGGAAAGAGGCCAAACCUUGCCGCGUACUUCGCCAGAUCACUGUUCCAGAUGAAAAGGUGGCAGUAAUAUCUAUCAUCUUCGAGCUCGGAGCCAGGAAGAUAGGAGAACCUGGACUUGUGACCAUUACUAAAGACAUACCUCACAACACUCGCAGCUCUGCAAGCAAAUUGCACUGGGACGACCACCAUUAUGAAAUUGUCGCUCACGGUUGCAUAUCGGAGACUUUCGCAGCGAUUCCAUCGGCUGUUGAGCCAAAGUACCAGUCUCUCCUCGCGGCUCAGACUAUUGUGGAGGACUUUCCUCGGGCAGGAAUGGAGGAAAAUUUGCGAGCGUUUAAAAACUUAAAACCAUUCUUUGAUGGCCUUCAAGAGCCACUUCGGCUUUCAUUUCCGGUCCCUUAUGAGUCCGUG